UAUAAAUAAUGCUUACGUGACUAAGUAUUCGUAUGCUAUUUGUCGUAAAAUAUCCAAUAAAAAUAUUUAUAGUCAAGUAAUAUUUUGCAUUAAUACCUAUUUGUGUACACAUCGCUAAAACAUUAUAAAUAAUUAAAAUGGAGGUCAUUGAAGAUGGAAAUAUUAUGGAUCGUAUCCCCAUUUUGUUGCAAAGAGAUUUGGAAUAUUAUCAGAAAAAUCAGACUGUAUUAUCAGAAACUGUGUGCCCAGGUGUGGUGGGAGGUAGAUUGGACUUUCCAAGGAAUGCUUCUUUUGCGGCGGUGAAAAUAGUCCUAUGGCUUGAAGAGGAGUUCUCUAUAGCAUUCCAGCAUGGAUCGGGAAUGUUUGUCAUGACUGAAGAUGAUGACAACCGCGAUAGCGGCGUGGCGAAGACUUCGGACCCUGACAAGUUUGUUCAGCUGGCCAUCAAAUCCAGUAACUUAUUACUAGAACAUCUACAUAUGUUGGUGCAAGAAGCGCUCGACCAUGCCGACCUUCCAGUACUAACCGCCACGUUAGGAGCGGCAGCCCUACUGAAGAACAGUCUCUUCUGCUAUGUACAACAUGCCGAGGACAUGGGCAGUCCUGAGAGGGUGUCUUCUUUGCAGGCCUGUUACAAGCGCUACGUGACGAUGUCUGAAGCUGUCGCCGAGCGGGUACUGGAUUUGCACAACCGGGUGUUGUCGCUGUACAUCCUGCAGGACUCGGGCGGGAGGCCCAUCGAUGGGAACACGAGGACUGUCCACCAGGCCGGCACUCCUUCCGUGCAGGGCUGGUGGCUUUAUAUGAAUGGGAGUAGAAAAGAUUUGUGGGACACAGUCCCGCCAAGGAUGGCGCAGAGAAUUUUCGCAGGAAUGCUCAAUGAAACGUUAACUAUAUUGACUGUCAGAUACUGCCAGACGAAUACAACCGAAUCAACAACACCGCUGCUUUUAAAUGACAUCCUAAACAUUUUACUAUGCGUUGCGCAACUGUUGCCAUCGAUAUGCACCAACGGUUCAGACUUGGCCGGUUUGGAGGUGAAGCAACAAACAAGAGACGUCAGGGAUGUCCACGCUAAAUGUAAUGAACUGUUCAAAUGUUUGGUAUACAGAGGAGCUGAACUGCACUUUAUUCAUCAGGUAUUCAAAGACCAGGAAGUGACUGAAUCGACCAAAAACAGCCCGUACCCGUGGUUCAUAUUCGUUAGUCCAAAUCUCUUCGCUAAUAAUCUAGAUGACGUCAGAUUGACCACGCAAGAGUUACCAGACAAGACUGGAAUAGGAUUGGAGCUGUUAGUGCUGUUAGCACAACCCCAGCCGUCUUGGCCUUUAGUGGUCAAGGCGCUAAUGAUGCGUCAAUGUCAUUUAUCCCGGAUGUUACUAAUACACGCCGUGAGGCACAGCUCGAUUGAUAACUCGCGGUGGCCAGCGAACGGAUUAUGGUACAGUGUGGAUGGAAAACAGAGGAAAUGCGAUGGCUUUUUAUGCACGGCUGAUGGGUUUUGUAAAUUUAAACAAGAUAACAACGCUGGGGAAGAGUAUGCUAGAGCUGCGGGAGCAUUGACCUAUAUUUUGGCAUCAAUCGGCAGUAAAUCAGAACUAAAGUCUACACUUUGCUACGCGCUCGAAAUCUCUGGGAGAGAUUGGUCUGCGUGUUUGGACAAACGACAGGUCUGGUGCGAUAGAAGGCCACCAUGGCUCGCUGGAAUUUUGUCAUUAGUUGGAUCAGUUCUUCAGUUCUUACCACGAAUAUUAGUGAAUGCUAUACAGAGCGGGGCCUCUAUGUAUCAGACGAUGUCUCUCUGUUUGACGUGUAUAUCAAGAUCUCUAGAUUGCAUUCCCCGUACGUUUGUGAACGUAUGUUCCAUGUUGGAAAAGAGUUUACCCUCCCACAUCAACCCUGUGGGGGGCAGUGUGCUGUUGCAAAUGCUUAUAACUGUAACUUACGAAGAAAUGCAAAAUUGGGCAAAAGUAGAGGGGAUGAAAGAAAAAGUUGCGACAUCAGCUGUUAACGGACAACCUCAUACAAUGAGUGCUGGAUCAAACAAACCCAAAAAACAUGUGAGAAUCGUCAGCCUGGCCAAUACAACUACAUCUAGCUCCAUAAGUUUUGAUGCGACCCAUAGUACGCCAUCGUCCAUAGCCCUUGCUGUAGCCGAAGCGUUAUGCUCCAUAGAUGAAGACGACAAGCACACGCAAGAGAUAGAGCAACUAGUCGCUCAGUCUAAGAAGACCUUCACUAUAUCCAGCCAGUUCGGCCUGGAAGACUUUCCCGAGUUCGCGGAGUUAUUUCAAGAGGGUGAUGUGCCAGGAGCGAAUGCAGAACGAUCAAGCGACGCAGCGGCACUGACAAGUCAAAUACUGAUGACUUCACCUGGAAGAGAUAGUCUCAGAGUGAUCUACAACCACCUUCAGUUGCAUUCAGAGAGGAUAUACAAGGAGUUGGGCAUACAAGAUGCAAGCGACUCCGAAGUGCCAAUGAGCAAGGCACCAUUAUUGUACAUAAUGUUUCACAUUGGACGGAGACCUUUCGAUCAGUUUCUCCGUGGAGAGUGGCCAAUGCCGUGGAGCAAGCUGGUCGCAGUAGCCAAAUCGUGGUCGGGUAUCGAAGGCGCCCGCGUCCACAUCAACAGACGGACAGACAUACGCAAUGUGAAGUCACACGGCAAAUCUAAUAAGCAGCUUAUCGAAUUGUAUGGAUUAUUUAAAUCGCCUGUAAAAGGAGUACUAUAAAAGAUAAUGCCUAAUAUAGAUUUAAAAUUGUGCUUAUUAAUAGAAAUAUGAUUAUUACUGUUAUCAACAUGAAGCCAUUUUGAUUGAAC